UUAUAACCCAAAAAAUCUUCGCAGUUGCAGCAAUCGCAUCAGAUUGUGCGAAAUACUAUUUAUUUUUUAAAAUUUCGAUGGUUUUUGCAGAUAGUCGAACGUUUUUCUAAAAUGAACUAAUUGUUUAAGCUACCGUCGCAACAGUUUGCUAAAAUUUGCAGUGAUAGGUGUUUAUUUAGUAUCGUAAAAUGCACUAGAAAAAUUGGUUCGUGGCGAAUGGAUUUGUUGGCGAAAAAAGGAGCGUAAAAUUCGAAAUCGGGUGGUGCGGCAGUGGUGGUGGACUACGUAGGAAAUAAGAACAAAAAGCAGACGCAACACCACAACAGUGUGUCUAUCCAGAAGAAAAAGUGGGAAAAUACUGAACACGUAAUAAAUGCUGCAUUAUAGUUUCAGUCGGUGAACAAUGAUUACCAAAACUAGCAGACUGAAUAUUAGCAACAACGAAUCAAUCGGAGAUAGUUCCGCGGUUUCCAACUGCGAGCGAGAACCAUCGUUGAGUACGUCAUCCGAGCAGAGCAAUGAGGAGCCUUCAGCAGCUAAUACUUGCCAGCAAAACUCCGUUAUUUUAGAUUCGAAUUAUAUUGAGUCUAAGAUUAAAAGUUUACUUAACCAAGAGCAUGACAACGAAAGUGGGCCGAGCUCACCGACGGUUGAACCAGUAGAUACUAUCGAAACUGCACAUGUUUCAGCCUCUGUAAAUGAUAAGACGGAUCGUAUCACCGGUAUUCUUGCGGAAGAUAGUUGCAAUGCAGUGGAUAAUAAAAUUUCUUCCGGCGAGAGCGAAUCCAGCCAGUUGGUGGAGGUGCAUCCGGGAGAGCUAUCUUUCAAUGGGAAGAUUCGAAGUUUGAAUGGACCAUCGCCAUCCAGCAACUCGCAGUGCGAGUUGACCGAUGCCACCAAGGGGUUCGAAAAGGUACGCCGGGACAAGCUGAACGAAUCGUUUGAGAUAUUGACGAAAGAGAACAAUUCAUUGAUGCACUACAACAAUGAAAAAUCUCCGGAUCUCUUCGCCGACGAAGAUGACGACGAUGAAGAUGGUGGGAAUAAUAGUUGCCAGAUUGAUGCCAAGUCGGAAAAUGGUGAUGUGACGUAUUCUGAGAACGCCCUUGUCAAUAAUAGCACUAUUGUAUGUAUGAAUCCAGUAGAACACAUCGAGAGACAAAUUCUCAAGAAAUUACAGGCGUCCCUUUCGGGGGUCUUGCCUCCUCCGUCCGUGACGUAUUCUCGUAUCGAAAUUGGUCGAAUGGUCAGUCUCUACCAGCAACAUAAGGAUCGAUUGUGCUAUAAGGAAGAAACGACUGUGGAAAAGGCAACUAAGGUUGAAGAAAAUGAUGCAAUUUUGUCACCUGUUUGUCUGAACAAACCUACCCAUCCGCCAAAAGAGCUGCAUGAUCUGAAAUGGCCGGAACUUAUGAACGCGAAAGCUCACGGAAUCUACUACAACCAUUCCACAGUAACAGAAAAAAUUGAAUUACUUGGGCUGAAGUACGUCGAGAGGUAUAUUGGCUCGGAAACGAGCACCUCCUUCGAUACGUCGCGAGCACCUUCUAGUGCAAAGAAAAAGAACCUGUGGUCAAAACUGCUAAACCAAUCGCCAGGAAGCCGGUUAAGUCAUCUUGCCCGGCGACGAUCGACUUUCUCGUCGGCAAAUCUUCUGAAUAGUUCAACCGGUUCGGCGACGGCCGGUGCAUCGCUCUCGGGUAGCCAACGACGUUUGUGCAAUAGACAAAUCAUAGUCGAAAACAAGAGAUCGGAUAAUCGCCGGAAAAUUAAAGGACGAACACCAAAGCGGCGAACUCCUGGUCGACGGAAGACCCCGGGGUCGUCUGCCAAGAAGCGCACCCUCAGUUUACCGGUGUCUAAGGCGUCUCAGCAGCUCUCCAGAGAAGCACCCAAGCGAGCGUUGUUCCAAAGCCCACCCGAGGAAACGGCACCAAAAACCAGCCAACAGUCACCCUCAGCCAGUAGGCCUGCUUCCAGCAAAACUCAAAAAUUAAAGCGGGUUCUGUUUUCACCGCCCGUAAAGCGACGACUCACUUUGGCGUCCAGCAGCUGUAGCUCUAAGAUUGGAGCAACUUCAAAAAAUGUUACCAGUAGCAGUGAUUCCAGUGGAAUCACGAAUAUUUCUACGGGAGAAUCAGUGGAUUUGGGUUCCGGGGAAACCAAUCGUAAGAGGAAACGUCCCUUGGACGGAGAAGACGACGAUAGUUUAGUUCAGAAGCAAAAAUUAUUAAGGAGUGACUCGAUCAAGGAGGAAGAUCUAACUCCACGCUCGUUAAAGUUUCCUCGCAGUCAGAGCUUUUGCUUGGGUUCAAACUCAAAAAGCAACAAAAGUAGCACUUUGGAAAACAGUCGCAGUGGCAAAACAUUGGUACGAGCCAACUCUGAGUCGGUGACGCUAACGGAAAAUCAUAGAAAGAAACUUCUUUGGGCUGUGUCGCAAGCGUUGCAAACAAAGCAGAUAUCAAUGAAGCACGAGAACUUCAGAAAGUUUGCUUCCGUGUUGGCUCACGUGGUGAAAAAGUUGUUCCUCGAAUUCAACGACCACUCUGUUUCCAGUACUAGUGAGAAAAUGUUAAGGUUAGCCCAUAAGCAUCUGUUCGAUGUGCUGCAAGGUCAAACAGCGGAGGAUAUUUACCAACGGGAACGGACCCGUCUCCUGAAUGCGAAGAACCUCAUCAAACCGCACGGCUAUAUUUCACCGGAAGAAUACGAACGGUGCAAGUUAAAGCGCAGCAAAUCCACAUCCGUGUUCAUACUAGACAAUUCGAACGAUUCGUCGUUUGGAGCGGGAUCCUCCAGCAGUCAGCAACUGGUGCCUCUAAGUCAAAGCUCAUCGCUAUUUUCCCAGAGUUCGGAGUUCCUCAACGGGUUGUCCCAAUCGUCGGCCUUCCAGAACAGUCAAUCGAUGAUAACUGGCACAGACUCAUCGAAGAACACAAUUCUUCGGGAGAACAUCGACAGCGAACAGCGGCAAAAGUCGUCGCAGAAGCAAAUUUCAUUCUCCGGCAAGGAUCAGAAAAACGUAAGUCCGUACGCUGAUGCAAAACAUGGUUCCCAAGCCAAAACGAAACUGCUGGUGGGAGGAGCCGCCGUGGGAACCAGCAUCCUGAAAGCCAAAAGGCAGAUCUCGUUUGAAUGAAAACAACCGGUUUCAAGAGAGGUAUAUUAAAUUAUGAUCAGGUUGACUCUCAUGUCGAGUGAUUGGUUCGGCUCUUACUUUGGAUUGUUUGCGGGCAACAUUUAGAUUAUCGGACUGCGGUCUGUGUAGGCAUUUACUUAUUUUGGCAAAGCAAAUUAUUGAGUGUAAUUAAAGUUUUUUUUAGUUUUGUUCCUCAUCAAAUCAAGGUAAUCAAGUGAAAAAGGCUUGAAUUGGCUAAGUUAGCAAUAUUGAAUAAAGAAUUCCUAAUUUAUUGAAAUUUAAUUGAAAAUGA